GAGACUCCGAGAGCAUCACUCUCCGGUCUACACCCAUUCAUUUGCAUAGCCAAAGCGCACCACUUGCGGUCCAUAGCGCAAGGCAGCAGCUCCUACUACAAUUUAUUAAAAAUAAAAAGAUCUUUUCAAUUUAAAAUGAAUUAAUAAUAAAACUUCCAUUUUCACUUUUUUUUCUCUCUCCUCUAACACCGGACCACAGAAACCCCAGCCGCCGUUACCACCGUCACUCACUAACCGGAACUGCCAUUGGUCGCCGGAGUUUUCUUUUUACCGCCGCGCCUGCCGUCGUCGGCGAGUUGCUUCUUUACCGCUUAUUCUCUUUGUUGCUCGCCUAGGUUAAUCAUCUGCUUCUUCAAUAUUCCAAAGGUUAAUUUAUUGAAAAUUGAUGGUGUAGAGCUCUAAUGGCUGCACAAGUUGAAGACAGAGUGAAGUCUUUCCUGUGUCAAUUGCAAGCAGAAUCCGGAAUUCUUGACCGGAUCAUUUAUAAGAACAAGAAUCAGCAUCGGCGAUGCUCGUAUUUUCAGUACCUAUUGAAGGUAAGGAGGGACCUAAAACUUUUACAUUCAGCUCAGUUGGAGGAGCUUUUAGAUUCAUGUUUCUAUGUUAUUACUGGAAGAAAAGCUAAACAAAAGGCAAACCUUCUUGAAAGUUUGAAAAGGAGGAAAUGCGACGGUGUAAAAUUUAAUUUCAUGGAACGUCUUCAUGGGGCAGCACGAUUGCUAUCUGAGAUGGUCGAGCCUAUACUGAAGGCAGCUACUGAUAUAUCUACUUUGCUCGCUCGUUCAUUUUUCAUGGGGUUCUCUGUAAUGAUUCUUGCUCUGCUGGCUCACCUCAGAGUUUUGAUUCAGCAGAUGCUACUGGAUGUUGUUUCUGUGUUCAACGAAGUCUCUUCUCUUGCUCAGAAUAAACAGUCCAUAAAAAUAACUCACAAUGGAAUGGAGGUUUUCCGAGAGUAUUAUCCCACAUUGGAGGAGGAAGUUAUCGUCUUAGAAUGUGUCUGGAAAACUGAUAAAUUUGUAUUGGUAGAAAAAUCUGGUAAAGGCAAUAUAUUACAUCAAGGUGGGAGCUCAGAAACAGUACAAACUCUGGGAACAUCUAUAAAGUAUCAAAGUAUUAAUGCUUUUCUUCAAGAUGAUGAAUUUAAUUCUGAGAAGGCUGAUGAAAAGGUUAGUGAAGAGUGUCUCUUAAAGAGAAAAAGAGUUGAAUCACCCUCACCCAUCUCCAAUGAUAACAUUGACAAUGCUGAGCAGAUUCAAUUGCAUUCAGUACUAGAACACGGUUCAGAAAACGAGUUACAACUGACAGAAAGCACCCUGGUGAAAGGCAGUUCUCUUCCUGACUCAGUAACUUCCCUAAUUCCAAGCUCAUCUAUGCCUGAUUCUGUAUUGAACAAGAGAGUGGCGUUCAUAUCUGUUAAGAAGAAUGCUUCAUCAGAAUCAGAUGCAUUCGUAUCUCAGGUAAAUGACAAUAAAAGUAAAAGGCAUGAUGAUGAAGAAAACACUCUUUUUCGUCUGUUUACUGAGGAAGAAACAACAGGAAGUAUUUUUUGAAAAACGACCUUAGAGACUUUAGAGUAGCUGAGUAUUGACAUUGUUUCACAAACUGAUGAGGAUUAUUAUGACCUGUUCUAAUUUUUGUAAAACCUUUUAGAGUGA